UGGCGGCGACUUUUACAGUUAUAGUUAGACAAUCGCAUAAAGCUCGCUAACGGAUUUAUUUUCAAUUAUUUGAUUUGCUUGCUGCUUGUUUUACGUUUGCAGACAGUGGUAGAAGUAGCUUACUAACUGAAGCACAAUCUCUUUGAAACUUGUAGAACACUUUCAAUUUCUUGCUUAAGCAUCUGUAACCUACGGGAUAUUUUUAAGCAAAUUGUCGUGUCGCAAGGUACCUAACGAACGAUUGAUACUUACAACUUCAUAAUGAGCCACGCAAGUAAAACUGCACAACAGGUCAAAGUACCUGUUGGGAAGAAUUCUAUGGACGACGGAUUGUUUGUGGAUCAUAGCUUUCCGAUGAUAGUCCAGCGUGACCUGGAGUGGAGGCGACCCAAGGAGAUCUGCCCAUCUGCUCAGUUCAUUGUGGAUGGAGCCACCCGCAUGGAUGUGUGUCAGGGAGUCCUCUGUGACUGCUGGUUCCUGUCAGCGGUGGCAUCCCUCUCCAUGCACCAGGCUCUGCUGGAGCGUGUGGUCCCCGUAGAGCAAGACUUCCAGAAUGGCUACACUGGCUGCUUCACCUUUCGGUUCUGGCAGUAUGGUGUCUGGAAGGAAGUGACGAUUGAUGACCUCCUUCCCACACACAAGGGAGAGCUAGUGUUCCUCCGCUCUUCCAACUCUGAGGAGUUCUGGACCCCUCUGCUGGAGAAGGCCUACGCCAAGCUGAAGGGAGGCUACCAGGCCUUGAACAUGGGCUACCCCCACGAGGCCAUGGUGGACAUGACGGGGGGCGUGGCUGAGGUGUUCACGCUGUCCUCCCUGCCGCAGGACCUGGCAGGCUUCAUGAUGCCGCUGCUGAACAAGGGGGCUCUCAUCAACUGCGGCAACACCAAGGGUCCCUUGGAGAAGAAAAAUGAAUUUGGAAUCAUGUUCAAACACGCUUACUCUGUGACGGGGGUGGAGACGGUUCAGACAACAUGUGGGCCUGUGGAUCUGGUACGGGUGCACAAUCCAUGGGGGAGAGCUGAGUGGGAGGGGGCCUGGAGUGACACUGAAGGGAAGGAGUGGUGCCAGGUCAGCGAGGAGGAGCAGAGCCGGCUCCAGCGGGUCCAAAAGGAGGAUGGGGAGUUCUGGAUGUCGCUGUCAGACUUCCGUCAGAACUUCGAGAUGAUCGAGGUGUGCCACCUGAGCGAGGACACGCUGAGCGAGCCGGGUGCUGUCCGCCGGCCGUGGAAGUGCACGCUGAGCCAGGGGAGCUGGGUGCGCAACGUCUCCGCGGGAGGCUCUCCCUGCGGGGUUAGGUACUGGCAGAACCCUCAGUACCAGCUGACCCUGCUGGAAGAGGACGAUGACCCCAGCGACCCCGAGCUGACCUGCAGCUUCCUGGUGGCACUGAUGCAGAAGUCCCAGAGACGCACCGGCAUACACCUCCACACCAACCUGCACAUCUACAAGGCGCGCCCAGACCGUGAGUACCUCUCCUCGACGGACCUGCUCCUGCUCCGCCCCCUGUGCUCCCUGCCCGACUACACCCAGCACGCGGAGGUGGUGCUCCGGGGCCGCCUGCCGCCCGGCCGCUACAUUAUCAUCCCCUCCACCAAGCAGGAAAACCAGGAGGGGGAGUUCAUCCUCCGCAUCUUCACCGAGAAGGGCAACCAGGCCGUGCCUGCCGACAAACCCCAGUCUGAUGAAAACGCCUCCGUGCAGCCCACCUCCCCCACGGUGUCCAUCCUCCCCUCCGAGGCGGAGGUCUACCAGCUGUUCAAGAAGCACCGCGGCAGCAGGGGGAGCUGUGGAGCUGCAGAGCUGCUCAGUCUGCUGAAAGAGGCUAUCGGUGGAGGAGCAUUGGCUGGGAGUGAGAGUGGAUUCUCCCUGGAACAUUGCAAGAGUUUUGUGGCACUGAUGGAUAGUAACGGACUAGAAGGGCUGGACUGGGAGGAGUUUCAGAUACUCUGGGAGAGAUUCAGGUGGUGGACGGAUAUCUUUGUGAAGUUUGACAAGAACCAGUCGCGGUCGCUGGAUAGUAUGGAGAUCGCGCCAGCUCUGACGGCUGCAGGGCUGCAGGUGGACGAGUUCGUGCUCCAGAUGGUCCGCCUGCGAUACGCGGAGCCCGACAGGACCGUCAGCUACGCCGGCUUCCUCUACCUACUCCUCAAGCUGGACGGCAUGAUCCGUAAAUUUCAUGCAUUUGAUAUGGUGGGAAUGGGAUCCGUCACUGUCAAUUACAGGCAGUGGCUUUACGCAACGAUGUACAACUAAGCCCCUUCCUCUGGCCUGUCUGCCUGCAUGUUUUUUUUUUGUCUUCUAAUAUCAUUGUACUGUCUCUGAUAGAACACCAUGGUAAUUGGGUUUUAGUUCCUUUACAAGUUAUGAUUAGCACAAUCGUUCAAAAGGUUUCAAUGAAGAGUGGCUCCUGAGUGGCUCAGUUCGGAACAGCAGUUGUUUCAAGUGCAGGCUGAGCCCUAUGACCGCGGCUCGACCCAGGCACGUUGUCAUCAGCUGACAAUGACCAGGAGCUCACAGUGGCAGAACAAAUUGGCUUUUUUCCGCAGGGGGAUACAGGUGUGGGCAGGUCAGAUAGGGGGGGGGGGGCUUGUCUGCUGUGUUCACCAGCGACCCCUGCUGUUCAAUCAGGCAAUGCAGGUCUGCUUGUAUAAAGCUGUGCAUGAAAUGAUGUCUUCCUCUGACUCAUGUCAGAGGAACAAGCUUGUCAGGGGGACUGUGUUGGGUAAAGAAGUGGCGUCAACAUCACUUGUUUUGGAGGAAGCCGAAACCGGAUUGACAAUAGGGGUUGCAGCAACAGGAGCAACAUGUCUAUGACAUGAUUGGGCAUUUCCAAAUUGGGAAAAAAGGUAAAAGCAUUAGACAUUCCAAAUUUUAAAAGUUUAUUUUAUCUGUACACACAUACAAAAGAACCACACACAAACAAGUAAAGCACGUUUUUAUGUGAUAUGUUGUUAAACAUACAAUUGUUGAAUGUCAUGUUAGUCCUCUACAUUUCUCUUAAUAGCAUCUUGUAGCUGCAAAUUGAGCCUCAAAAUAUUAACUCAGUGGUGCCACAAUUUGGUUACACAUCACCAUCUCAAGGACAUCUCUAACACAACCAAUUAGCCCUAAUUUUGCAUUCUAUUUUGUAACCAUGCUUCUUAAUGUGGUGAUGUGGCACUCCCAAUAUGCUAGCAAUAUAUCACAGUAUCCUCUUAAUGAAGGGAGCUGCAGCCAGCCAAGACUACAUGUAAUAAAAGUGAAAGAAAAAAGACAGGGGGUCUAAGUGCAGUGUUUCCCAGGCCUGAUCCUGGGGACCCACUGUGCAUGCUGGUGUGUUAGUCUCAGCUACAUUCUCAACUGAUGUGCCUAUGCUCUUCAUUCAGUACUGAUCUGAAUUCAACAUCAGGUAACUAUUGUUGUGUCUUGGUUCUUUGUUACUGAUAUGGGUCAUGAAAAAAGUAUUCAUUCUAAUGCAAGGGUGCAAGUUAAGGUGCUUCUGUAAGUUAUUUCUAUUCAUUCCCUUUAAAUGAUAUAAAAUUACAGACAGGUGUUCAUCUUUAUUGGUUAAUCAUGAUAAGUUGUUCAACUGGGCCUGUGUAAGGUAACAGCAGAAAUAAUUCAUCUUAACUGAAACAGCUGCACCGGUUCUUCAUUAAGGGGCAGGUGUUAAAAAUAUGUAGUAGCUGACCUUACUAUUCAUAAUGGUGCAAAAGUACAUCUCUUUCACAAAUCAUUUAUAGCAAAUCACAUGUAGAGAUGUCAAAUCAGUGCUCGCUGAACAGCUUAAUGAAAACCAAUUGACUGAGAGCUCAGGGAGAAUGAAAACCAGCAUGAAAGAGUAGUCUCAAAGCACAGGAUUGGGAAACACUGGCAGACCAGUAAAUUGAGGGUAGUCUGCUGUUUAAUGCAGUUACAUACUUUGACCUCAAGAGGCAGACACCAGUACGUACUGUAGAAAUUCCAGUGACAGAUGUUCAACAGUGUUCAUUUUAAUUUCUAGCAAAAACUGUACUCUGAUGAAUGGUGUAUUUUUCUUAUGUCUUAUUCUUGGAAAGGCAUACUUUGAGUUGUUAACUGUAAUGUUUUUAAUUCAUCUGAUAAAAGGGAUUACAAUAAAAAU